GCCGCCACGAAAAUCUCAUCAGUCCCCUCGACAGUCCCUGCCAGUCCCGCAACACAAACUAAACUCGUCUUACCAAUUAUUCAUUGUGUUUGUCUUAAUAUUACACUAUUAUUUUGUGUAUUUAUAUUUAAUUAUCAAAUUAAUGACAAUUACAAAUUAUGUGUGUUUUAAUUGCUUAAAUGUUUUUAAUAAUUUAAUCAUUUAAAAUGCCUAAAAUUAGUGCUAAUAAUGAGUACACAUAAAUGUGGAUAUUAUUUGAUGUUAUUGUUAUUAUAUUGAUUGAUCAAAGAAAUAGAAAAAUAGUGAUAAAAAAGUAUAUUAAAUAAAUAUGAGAUAGAUUAACUCCGAGGAGUAGUUUUUUUUUUGUUCUAUUUUGUGUUGUUAAUGUUGUCUCAUUCAAUGAAUGAGGAAAUAAAAAAUGAUUUGUUCGUGACAAUGUCAAUCUUAUCAUUUGGUUUAUUAAACAAUUUUUUGACGAGCAAAGACAACGUUGCAUUCCGACGGGUUUCGUUGUCGUUGUCGUUGUCGUCGUCGUCGUCAUCGUGAACGACCUCUCACGAUCAACUCUAACUGGCCAACUUGGAUGCAUCCAAAGUACCGUACAAUAUAGCCAAUUAAUAAUAAAUUUAUCAAUUUCUAUUUUUUUUUUAAUAUUUGCCAAAUAUUUAUUUUUAUAUAUAUUGUAAUUUAUUUAAAAUUUCAUAUUAGUUUUACUGUGAUUUUAUCUUUAUGAUAAUUUAUCCUGAUUUUUUUUUUUUUCCUAGUUGAUUUUUAAAAAAAAUAAUUCAUAAAGUGUGAUAAAAACAAUUAAAAAAUUAAUUAGUGAUUAUUGUGUUAUUAAUUUUAUUUUAUGAAAAUUAAAUCAUUUAAUUAAUUUUACAUUAUUUAUGGCUGAGUAUAUUAAAAUAAUGUGAAAGCUGUGAAAAGAUACUCGACUUGAAUUAGCCACUCCUUUAAACAUUUUUUUUUUUUUUUUAUAAUUUUAUUGAACGUAUUUAUUUUUUUUCUCUCAUUAAUGCUUCUUGCCUGCAACAAGUGUUUAGAAACAAAAAAAAAAAAUAACGUCACAAACUUGAAUGCACUCAUUCGUAACGUUAGAAAUCAAGAUAAUAUUUUUUCGAAAAAAAAUAAAAAAACUAUUUUAAAUAAUCAACUUAAUAAAGCAAAUUUUGUGAGUGAAUUUAAAUGAACUAAAGUGAUUUAAAUUAAAUAUAAAUUAAAGCUAUAAAAAAAUUAAAUUUAUAAACAGUGAUGAUAUACGAGUGUCAUUGAGACACUGAAGUUUACAUUGAGAAUAUGAGAAUAAACGUAAAUACAUUAUUUGGCAAAUGUAUUAAUUCAAGUGUACAUAUAUAUAUUUUAAUAAACACAAUUACAAUUUUUGUAUGAACAAGUAUUAACGAUAUAUAUACACGAAACCAAGUUGUUCGAUUUCUCAUCGUUAUCAUUUUGCUAACAUCAAAAGAUAAGCAACACGAGAACUCUAAAUAUAAAAGAAAAAAAAAAUUUUAUAAAAUGUUAAAUCGUUAAAUUAAUAUAAUACGUGUCUUAUUUUUUAUUAUAUUUUCAUCUAAAAUUAAUAAUAAUAAAGUGUUGAUAAUUAUAAAUAAAAAAUAUAUUAUUCAAUUGAUAAUGGUGGAGAGCAUAUCUGAUGAUAGAAAAAUUACAAAGAGUUAAAUGAUUAAAUUGAUGACGUCAGUUAAAUAUUAAUAGUACUUCUCGACCAGUGAUAUAUUUAGACAACUUAAUAAUUGUCAUGAAUUUAUUAAAGUGAAAUAAAUAAUAAUAAUAAAGAUAUUCUAAAAAAAUUCUAAAAAGUGCAGUUGAAUUUUUUUAGAAUAGAGAAGUGACCAUGAUGAAGUUCAAAUCGCUGUUUCGAAGAGGACAACAAAGCCACUUGCCCCAUCAGCAACAGCAAACGGGUCAUCCUCAGCCCCAUCAACAAAUUCAACAACAACAACACCAACAACAUCAACAGCAUCAUCAACAACAGCAACAGCAACAACAACAGGUGGCACAAGGUGUUUUACAUCAACGACAAACAGCAAGUGCAUCAUCAUUAGAUACUAAAACAGACAAUCAUCAAAACGUUGCUUGGCAAAAUUCAAUAAAAGCAAAUAAAGUUAAUACAAAAGCUAAUAAUAAUACGAAAAUAAACAGAAUGCAGGAGCUCGAGCGAGAGCUCGAGCUCUUACGAAAAGAAAAAAAUAGACUUGAAGCUAAUUUAAAAGAAAGUGCUAUUGAUGCUAAACAUCUUCAUGAUCUUCGUAAAGAAAUUGCAUAUUUAAAGGAACAACACAGUCUGGAGGUUGAACGUCUAACAGAGGACAAUCAGGUGUUACGUGCACGUCUUCGUGAUGUUGCACAUUCGCCAUUGUCUGAUGCUGAAAAACAUCAAUUAUUAUUGGAUGCAACAAGAAUGCAUGAUACAUCUCAACAACAAGUACAGAAUGAAAUAUCACAAAAUACUGGAUCAACUACAACAACAGCUACAACAACAACAACAACAUCACCAACAACAGCAGGAACAACAACAACAAAUUGUGACAAUCCAAGAUGUACAACACCAGAAUGGGAUAAACGUUCAUCAAGUUCAGUGUCUGGUGUAUCAGUUGCAUGUUUACAAGAUCGUAUAUUACAAAUGGAAGAAACACAUUACUCAACAAAUGAAGAACUUCAAGCAACAAUACAAGAAUUAAGUGAUUUACAAGCACAAUUAACUGAAUUACAAACAGAUAAUGAAAGAUUAUCUGAAGAAAAAGGUGUAUUACUUGAAUCAUUGUGUCGACAAACUGAAAAAUUAGAAGAUUCAAGAACAAAAGUUGAUACAUUACAAGAAUUAUUAUUAAAAGAAGAUAAACCAGAUGAUUCAUCAAAAGGUUAUAAUACUGAACGUGAACAAAAACUUGUAGAUUUAUUAAAGAGUGCACAAGAAGAACGUGAAUCUUUAUUACAAAAACAAGAUGAAUUAACAGCUGAAUUAAAAUUAAUGAGAACAACAAAUGAAACAAGUACAAAUGAAGUAAAAUGUUUAAAUGAAAAAAUUCAACAUCUUGAAUUAGCAAUUGAUGCAUGUAAUAUUGAAAAAAAACAAUUAGAAAUUGAACUUGUUAAUGUGAGACAAGAAAGUGCUAGUAAAAGUAUAGAAAUGAGUAGAUUAACAACAUUAUUAGAUAAUGCUAGAUGUAAAAUUGAGGAGUUUGAACAAACACGACAACUUUGUAAUAAAAGUGAAGCUGAUGAAUUAUUAGAUACAGCUAGAAGAGAAAAAGAUACAUUAGAAACACAAGCUGCUGCAUUACAAGAACAAUUAUCUAGAUCACAUUGUGAUCAUGAUAGAUUAAAAGAUCAAUAUUCACAAUUACAAGAAGAAUACAAGGUUACAAGAAAUAAUGCUAAAUCAGCAAUUGAUGAUUUAGAAUAUCGUUUAUGUCAAUUAAAAGAUGAAAAAUUAUCAGUAACAACAAAAUUACAAAUUGCUCGUGAUUCACUAACUGAAUUACAAGCUCAAUGUCAACGUCAUCUUGAGGAUAAACGUGAAUUAAAAGCAGCAUUAAAUGAAUCACAACGACGUGAACGUGAAGCUCAAUUACGUCAAUAUGAAUUAGCACGUGAUUUAGAUGAAGAACGUAAAUUAAGAAAAGAAGAAUCAACUGAAUGGGAACAAUUUCAAAAUGAUUUACUAAUGACUGUUAGAGUUGCUAAUGAUUUUAAAACAGAAGCACAAUCAGAACUUGAACGUGUUGUUAUGGAAAAUAAAACACAACGUGAUAGACUCAGAUCACUUGAGGCACAACUUGAUAAAUUAAACAAAGCUACUCCAUGUUUGGUUGAGGACUCGUCAUCUCGAAAAAAUAAAAAUAAUAUUAUACUAAAACGUGGACGAACAAUUCUAAGAAAUCAAUACACUGAUCAAGAAAAAUCAUAUGUUAAAAAACAAAUAUUAACAGCUAAAAAUUUUAAUGAAAUUGAUGGUGUUAAAAGAAAAAAUAAUGAAUUAAUUUAUCGUAAUUUAUCUUGUCCAAAUAUUAUAAAUAUUAUUGAUGAAAAUAAUGAUGAUAAAUGUGUAAAAAAAUAUAAUUCAUUAGAUAAAAAAAAAUUGGUAAAUAAUAAAUAUUCAUUAUUAAAUAGUAUCAAAGGAAUUGAAGCUAUUGAAAAUAAUUCUUAUCGUAUUGAUGUAUCAAAUUCAAAAUUUUUUAUAUCACAUGAUGAUUUAUGUACAAAUGUCAGAAGAUCAAUGGACGAUUUAAAUUUUAAAGUUGAUCCGGAAAUGACAAAAAUAUUACGUCAAAGUGUACAAAAAACAAAUAUUAAUAAUGAUAAAUAUUUGACGAAUAAAUUUGAUAAAGAAUGUUUACAAUUUACUGAAGAAGAAAAAGUUGUUGUUACAAAGCCAACAAUUAUUAAUAAUAAUACAGAUGCCAAUGAAAGCUAUUUAAAUAAUCCAAGUCCUGCAAUACAAUCGAAAUUAUCUAAUGAUAAUAUUGAAAAUGAAACAUCAAUAGAUAAAAAUAAAUUAAAUAAAAAUGAUUCAUCAAGUAUAUUAAAAAUUCAUUCAGUUAAAUUUAAAGAUAAAACAUUAAAUGAUAAAAAAAAUAUUAAAAAUUCAAUAUCAUUAUUGCGAAAAUCAAGUUUUUCUAAUAUUUCUGAUAUUGAAAAUAAAUUAACAUCAAGAGAUGAUUGUUCUCGUACAUUGAAUUAUGAAAAAUCAGAUGUUUUUGUAAAUUCAAAAUUAUCGAGUCCAGUAAAGGGUAGAACUCAUUCAUUGAAAAAAAAAUUUGAAAGAAUUUUGGAGGAUAAAGAACUUCAGACAGGCCUUAAUCAAACAAAUACUCAGUCAGCACCACCACAACGUCCAGUUAGUGCACCAACAGAAACACAACAAAGUGUUUUAUCAAGUGUUCAACAAGAAAUGGCUGCUAGAAGAAAAGCAAAUUUAUCAAGACAAGAUUCAAGGCUUUCUGUUAAAUGUCUCAUUGAAAGUAUUGAAAAUGCUACAAAACAAGCAAAAGCAGGACCAGGAAGUCGUAGUAGUUCAACUUCAUCAUUAAAUUCCAUUGGAACAAAUGAAAUAAUAUCUACUAAAACUCCAUUAAGAGAUCAACAACAAAUUAAUAAUUUAAUUUGUCCAACAAAUACAACAAAUAACAAUAAAACACAAUCAACUGGUAACAAAAAACUAAAUCUAACAGAAUCUCAAAAAACAUCAGUACCAAGUUUGAGUCCUGGUGAAUUGCUUGAUUCAGCAGCAUUAAAUGCUAAAGCAAUUGAUUUUGUUCGUAAUAGUGUUACUGAUUUAUCAGAACGUAAAGAUCCAUUGUAUGGUCUUGUUAAAAAUGGUGGAUCAAAAAGAAAUGCAUUAUUAAAAUGGUGUCAAAAUAAAUCAGUUGGAUAUAGAAAUAUUGAUAUUACAAAUUUUAGUAGUUCUUGGAAUGAUGGAUUAGCAUUAUGUGCAAUAAUGCAUUCUUAUUUACCAGAUAAAAUUCCAUAUGAUUCAUUAACACCAUCAGAAAAAAGAAGAAAUUUUUCACUUGCAUUUACUGCUGCUGAAAGUGUUGGAAUUCCAACAACUUUGAACAUUGGAGAUAUGUGUCAACUAGAGAGGCCAGACUGGCAACAAGUUAUGACAUAUGUUACGAGUAUUUACAAACAUUUUGAAACCUAAUCAUCUAAAAUUUUUUUUUUCAUUUGGCAUUCGGUUAAUAAUGG